GAUUCGCAGGCAAGAGUAACUGGGGCUUAACAAUUAAAAAUUAUACAAGACGAGUGUCAAGUUACCUGGAACUGAGAAAUGAAUAAAGUACUCACUGAAAAUAAGGCCGAGGCUUCGGCUACAUCAAAUGGUCUUGUUCCUCUCAAGACCACAUUGGAAACGAGAGCUCGAUAUUCAUUACUCAGUGUUUAUAUCACAAGCGUCCCAGCGAAAAAAGCUAGUGGUGUUCUUAAUUUAACAAGGAAACUCUUUCCUGAAGAUGGUGGUUAUGAUCUGCAGCACAUCAGGAGAUUCGCGAAACAAACGGACGUUCCAGGUCACGUUCUCACUUCUAUGCUAGAAGCGAGAGCGAACAGCGAUGGCCAGCCUGAUAUUGAAUCCACCGAACUUCUUCUUCUUGUGGGAGCUGCAAAUCUCAUCAGCUCAGAAGAAUUACGCAGUGCUCUUUCUCCAAUUUUAGAUCAAGCAACUAUUUGUUCCAUCAAGGUGCCUUUGUUAGCCCCGACAUCGCAAGAACAAGCAAAGUCUUGGUCGUCUCAAUACUGGCCCAUAGUGUACAAGAAAAGCAAUCCGUUUGGUCCCCAUCCAGCAAUUGUAUCUAGGGCGGAAGAAGAAGUACAAGGAGACGUCGAGAAGUAUAUGGACUUGGCGGCCGAAGUAGCUCGUUCUUCAAACGUGGUAGGUAUUGGAGAGCAAAUCGGUGCUGUAGUUGUUGAACGAAAGAGUGGAGCUGCACGCAUACUUGCGGUUGCUGGUGACGCUCGGUGGAUGAAGUGGCCAUGGGCUGGAUCUGGCAAUGUUACUGCGCACGCAGCGCUUCGAGUUAUUGCAAUGGUAGCAGAUGGAAUAAAAGUUCAAGAAGAACACAAAGCUGGCAAAGAACCAGAAGCAAAUAAUGCUUUAGAACAAAAAUUAAUCUUUCGAGAUCAACCAUUGGAUACUCUGGAGGCAAAGCACCACAACUCGGCUGAAUGGAUCGACGGAUAUCUUUGUCACGAAUUGGAGCUCUACAUAACACAUGAACCGUGCGUCAUGUGCUCCAUGGCUAUCGUACAUUCUCGUUUUGGACGUGUGAUAUUUGGACAACGUAUGCCAAAGACUGGUGGUUUAUGUGCAGACAGCGAACUCGGCCACGGACUGUUCUGGCGUAAGGAAUUGAACUGGUCGCUGCUAGCUUGGCAGUGGAUGUCUGGCGAAGAGGAUACCGAAACAUCAAAAGAACCACAAAACCUAGUGUCUCAUCUUAGUAUACACGCCUGAUGUUCUCAAGAGGCUGCAAGGAAAUGCUUCUGAGCCCCCACGAUCGUUCGGACUUGAACGUUAAACCACGACUCUUCACGUGGUAAUUAGUGCUGCCUAAUGCUUCGAUUGGAAGUAUAGAUUAGAAGUCACUCCCACGGUUGCAGUGGUAAGCGACGGUUAAAUCGAUACAAAUGUCCCAGCUGGUUUACAAAGAUUCAAACUUACCAAAUUUGAAAGCGCUAAGAGAGGUAAAUACUUCAGCCAGAUAUCACAUUACUUCCAACUGUGGACUGCCCAAAUUCAGCUGAAGUUUGAACGCAAUAAUGGCAGGGCGGAUUACACAAAUGGAAAGGGAAAGUACUCUUAUAUUUGAAGAUUAUCAGUUUUCAUAGGUUGUCCUGUCUAAAGAUCUCUUGGAAGAACGUGCUCCAUGCCGAACUCCCCUUUCAUCAACUCAUAAACUUCGAGAAUCCUUCUAUGAGACUACGCCAUUGCUUCUAGCAUCCCGAUUCAAAUGCUUAUCAAUGCGAAGGGCGCCUUGGGCCUGCAAUACAGUGGCGCAGAUGGUUCACAGCUAACACGGAGUGUUUAUAUAUCGCAUGUAUUGCUAUUCGGGAAUAGAACUAGAUAGAGCAGUCUAUUCGGCACAUAACGCUACAAAUGGCGGGUCUAUACUUCCUUAUAGACGGUAACAUAGCUGUUGCCUCGCAUGGCUCAGUAUCCGCUACAUCAUUAGGCUACACAGAAAUUUUAUCAACCGAUCUAAAACUGACUCGAAAUUUGAUACGAUGUCGUUUCUUGUAACACUACGAAUGCAUCAAGCGAAUCAAUACAACCACCCAUGCA